AUGGCCCUUUUGUUACGGCCGGCCACUGCUGAUCGUAUUCCCCCCUCAGUGGCCGCGCACGCCAUUGAGGACUUCCUCUACCCUACGACGCGGCCGUGCACGCCGUUGGACGUGACUCUUACACCCGCCAAGAAGACCGAUCGAGCCGCUUUUCCCGUCACCGGAGGAGCGCCACACUGCAGGGACGCCACCGGAGCACGCAGCCCCGGGACCAGGACUUCGCAUCCCGGCAUCAACUCACUCGGGAUCAUCGGCGACUCCGCACCGGCCAGAGUCUACGUCACCUGCAGUGAGGAACAACCGACGCCCCCCAGGGAGGAGCAGUUGGCGGCAUUAUUUGGUUCCUUCUCGACAUCGUCUUCCUCAGGGGACAGCCCUACGCCAGGGCCAGCACCGCGGACACCGCCGCAGCCGAGCUCAGCCCCGCGGACCUGCCCGCCUACGCCGUUCCAUAAACUUCCCGGCUCGCAGGGGCUCGCUCAGCGAGCCGUCAACACCGCCGCUGACGAGGGUCUCGCCGCAGAUUGCGGCGCAUCACUGCCCGCCGACUCCAAGCCUUUCCAGGCAGCAUCAAGAGGACUCUAG